AUCAAAACAACGUUAUAUCCUGUGUGAAAUGCUGCAGUCAGGAUGCCUUGUGGUUUGAGUGCCUUGAUCAUGUGCCCUAAGGGGAUGGUGGCGGUGGUGGUGGCCGUGGAUGACGGAGACUCUCAGGCCUUGGCAGGUGCGUCUUUCAGUUCCCCUCACAAUUCGGGUUCCUCGGGGAGGAGGGGCUGGAACCCUAGCCCAUCGUCAGGACAAAGAUGCUCAGGCUGCUCUUGGCUCUCAACUUAUUCCCUUCAAUUCAAGUAACAGGAAACAAGAUUUUGGUGAAGCAGUCGCCCAUGCUUGUAGCGUACGACAAUGCGGUCAACCUUAGCUGCAAGUAUUCCUACAAUCUCUUCUCAAGGGAGUUCCGGGCAUCCCUUCAUAAAGGACUGGAUAGUGCUGUGGAAGUCUGUGUUGUGUAUGGGAAUUACUCCCAGCAGCCUCAGGUUUACUCAAAAACGGGGUUCAACUGUGAUGGGAAAUUGGGCAAUGAAUCAGUGACAUUCUACCUCCAGAAUUUGUAUGUUAACCAAACAGAUAUUUACUUCUGCAAAAUUGAAGUCAUGUAUCCUCCUCCUUACCUAGACAAUGAGAAGAGCAAUGGAACCAUUAUCCAUGUGAAAGGGAAACACCUUUGUCCAAGUCCCCUAUUUCCCGGACCUUCUAAGCCCUUUUGGGCGCUGGUGGUGGUUGGUGGAGUCCUGGCUUGCUAUAGCUUGCUAGUAACAGUGGCCUUUAGUAUUUUCUGGAUGAGGAGUAAGAGGAGCAGGCUCCUACACAGUGACUACAUGAACAUGACUCCCCGCCGCCCUGGGCCCACCCGCAAGCAUUACCAGCCCUAUGCCCCACCGCGUGACUUCGCAGCCUAUCGCUCCUGACACGGACGCCUAUCCAGAAGCCAGCCGGCUGGCAGGCCCCAUCUGCUCAAUAUCACUGCUCUGGAUAGGAAAUGACCACCUCAUCUCCAGCCGGCCACCUCAGGCCCCUGUUGGGCCACCAAUGCCGAUUUUUCUCGAGUGAUUAGACCAAAUAUCAAGAUCAUUUUGAGACUCUGAAAUGAAGUAAAAGACAUUUCCUGUGACAGGCCAAGUCUUACAGUGCCAUGGCCCACAUUCCAACUUACUAUGUACUUAUUGACUUGACUGAGAAGUUAGGGUAGAAAACAAAAAGGGAAUGGAUUCUGGGAGCCUCUUUCCUUUCUCACUCACCUGCACAUCUCAGUCAAGCAAAGUGUGGUAUCCACAGACAUUUUAGUUGCAGAAGAAAGGCUAGGAAAUCAUUCCUUUUGGUUAAAUGGCUGUUUAAUCUUUUGGUUAGUGGGUUAAACGGGAUAAGUUAGAGUAGGGGGAGGGAUAGGAAGACAUAUUUAAAAACCAUUAAAACACUGUCUCCCACUCAUGAAAUGAGCCACUUAGUUCCUAUUUAAUGCCGUUUUCCUUUUAGUUUAGAAAUAUGUGGACAUUGUCUUUUAUGAAUUCUGAUCAUAUUUAGUCAUUUUGACCAAAUGAGGGAUUUGGUCAAAUGAGGGAUUCCCUCAAAGCAGUAUCAGGUAAACCAAGUUGCUUUCCUCACUCCCUGUCAUGAGACUUCAGUGUUAAUGUUCACAAUAUACUUUUGAAAUAAUAAAAUAGUUCUCCUACACGAAGAAAGAAUAUGUCAGGAAAUAAGGUCACUUUAUGUCAAAAUUAUUUGAGUACUAUGGGACCUGGCGCAGUGGCUCACGCUUGUAAUCCCAGCACUUUGGGAGGCCGAGGUGGACAGAUCACUUGAGAUCAGGACCAGCCUGGUCAAGAUGGUGAAACUCCGUCGGUACUAAAAAUACAAAAUUUAGCUGGGCCUGGUGGCAGGCACCUGUAAUCCCAGCUGCCCAGGAGGCUGAGGCAUGAGAAUCGCUUGAACCUGGCAGGCGGAGGUUGCUGUGAGCAGAGAUCGUGCCACAGCUCUCCAGCCUGGGCGACAGAGUGAGGCUCCGUCUCAAACAACAACAACAACAAAACCACAAAAUUAUUUGAGUACUAUGACAGAUUAUUUGUCUAACAGUUCAUUCCAAUCAGAUCAGGUAGGAGCUUUCCUGUUUCAUAUGUUUCAGGGUUGCACAGUUGGUCUCUUUAUUGUUGGUGUGGAGAUCCAAAGUGGGUUGUGGAAAAAGCGUCCAUAGGAGAAGUGAGAAUACUGUGAAAAAGGGAUGUUAGCGUUCAUUAGAGUAUGAGGAUGAGUCCCAAGAAGGUUCUUUGGAAAAAGGACGAAUAGAAUAAUGGAAUGAUGAAAUUCUUGCCAUGUGCUGAGGAGAUAGCCAGCAUUAGGUGACAAUCUUCCAGAAGGUGUCAGGCAGAAGGAGCCCUGGUGAGAGCUCCUUUACAGGGACUUUAUGUGGUUUAGGGCUCAGAGCUCCAAAACACUGGGCUCGGCUGCUCUGUACCUUGGAGGUCCAUUCACAUGGGAAAGUAUUUUGGAAUGUGUCUUUUGAGAGAGCAUCAGAGUUCUUAAGGGACUGGGUAAGGCCUGACCCCGAAAUGACCAUGGAUAUUUUUCUACCUAUAGUUUGAGUCAACUAGAAUAUGCCUGGGGACCUUGAAGAAUGGCCCUUCAGCGGCCCUCACCAUUUGUUCAUGCUUCAGUUAAUUCAGGUGUUGAAGGAGCUUAGGUUUUAGAGGCACAUAGACUUGGUUCAAGUCUCGUUAGUAGUUGAAUAGCCUCAGGCAAGUCACUGCCCACCUAAGAUGAUGGUUCUUCAACUAUAAAAUGAAGACAAUGGUCACAAAUGUCUCUUCCUGUAGUAUAAUCUCCAUGAGGGCAUGGCCCAAGUCUGUCUUUGUCUCUGUCUAUCCCUGACAUUUAGUAGCAUGCCUGACAUACAAUGUUAGCUAUUGGUAUUAUUGCCAUAUAGAUAAAUUAUGUAUAAAAAUUAAACUGGGCAAUAGCCUAAGAAGGGAGGAAUAUUGUAACACAAAUUUAAACCCACUACACAGGGAUGAGGUGCUAUAAUAUGAGGACCUUUUAACUUCCAUCAUUUUCCUGUUUUUUGAAAUAGUUUAUCUUGUAAUGAAAUAUAGGGCAUCUCCCACUUUUAUGUAUAGAAAGAGGUCUUUUAAUUUUUUUUUUUUUUAAUGUGAGAAGGAAGGAAGGAGUAGGAAUCUUGAGAUUCCAGAUAGAAAAUACUGUACUUUGGUUGAUUUUUAAAUGGGCUUCCAUUCCAUGAAUUUAAUCAGUCCCAAGAAGAUCAAACUCAGCAGUACUUGGGUGCUGAAGAACUGUUGGAUUUACCCUGGCAUGUGUGCCACUUGCCAGCUUCUUGGGCACACAGAGUUCUUCAAGCCAAGUUAUCAGAUUGUAUUUGAAAAUGACAGAGCUGGAGAGCUUUUCGAAAUGGCAGGGGCAAAUAAAUAAAUAAAUACUUUUUUUUAAAUGGAAAGACUUGAUCUAUGGUAAUAAAUGAUUUUGUUUUCUGACUGGAAAAGUAGGCCUACUAAAGAUGAAUCACACUUGAGAUGUUUCUUACUCACUGCACAGAAACAAAGAAGAAAUGUUAUAUAGGGAAGUCCGUUUUCACUAUUAGUAUGAACCAAGAAAUGGUUCAAAAACAGUGGUAGAAGCAAUGCUUUUAUAGUUUCAGAUAAGGUAGUUAUGAAGAAAACAAUGUCAUUUGCUGCUAUUAUUGUAAGAGUCUUAUAAUUAAUGGUACUCCUGUAAUUUUUGAUUGUGAGCUCACCUAUUUGGGUUAAGCAUGCCAAUUUAAAGAGACCAAGUGUACAUUAUGUUCUAUAUAUUCAGUGAUAAAAUUACUAAACUACUAUA